AUGCCCGCGACAAGCUCGCCGGAAGAGCAGGCGAUCGAUCGCGAGUACCCGCAGCGGCAUCGUCAUCAUCCUCAUCAGGAACUUGGACCGUUGCAGCAUAACCACAACGUGGCUGAAUUCCAGUCUCGGCUUCAUUGUCAACAGAAUCAAAGCUCACGGUCAACUUUGCAGCAUCAAACUUCUCAACAAGAUUUACGUCAUUCGUAUCCUCAGUCUAAUACUCACCUCGCUGUCCCGAGUGUAUCUGCUGCCGGCUCGACAUCCCGCUCGUCUUCAAUUUCUCCUAUUCCAACACCGUCGAUAUCUCCCCCAGCUUCUGCCAUAUCUAUCGACGCUCUGUAUUCACCUCGAGAUUGUUCGCCGCCAGUACCAACUCCCUCUUCGAUCGGUACCGGGGCUUACGGCAGCCAUCCACAACGAGACUCAUACGAUCGCAAUAGUUCGGGUAGACACAGCCAGGAUAACGUUAACUUUGAAUCUCAAGGGCGCAAUCCGGCCAACAUGGCCAGCUGGUCGGGACAGCCCGCUAUCAGAGGCAACUCUGAGGCUGUGCGCAUGAUUUUAUUGAGUUUCGUCACCAUUGGCAUAACUUUCACAUGGGGUAUCGAAAUGACAUACUGCACGCCAUAUCUGCUUAAUCUUGGUUUAACCAAAAGCAACACAUCUCUGGUAUGGAUUGCUGGUCCGUUGUCCGGUCUUAUAGUUCAGCCUGUUGUCGGCGUCAUUGCAGAUGAGAGUAAGUCCAAAUGGGGACGUCGGCGACCGUUGAUGGUCGUUGGCUCUAUUGUUGUUGCUAUAAGCCUCCUAGUGUUAGGCUUUACCCGUGAGAUUGUCGGUUUCGUGGUAACCGAUGAUGAGGCUGCCAAGCGACCUACGAUAGUAUUGGCUGUAUUGGCCAUCUAUGUUGUUGAUUUCGCUAUUAAUGCUGUUAUGUCAUGUUCUAAGAGUCUCAUUGUUGAUACAUUACCCAUCGACAAACAGCAGACGGGGGCGGCUUGGUCAAGCCGUAUGUCUGCAAUUGGUCAUAUGAUUGCGUAUGGUGCCGGGGCUGUAGAUUUAUUGAAGCUUUUUGGAACCACGCUUGGCGAUACUCAGUUCAAACAGCUCACGGUCAUCUCAACCAUUGCUCUUCUGAGUUCAACGUCACUCACUUGCUGGGCCGUUACAGAGCGGGUACUGGUAGCCUCCAAACCAACCCAGCAUGAAGGUCGCUUCAAAGUCUUUCGCCAAAUCUGGUCGACACUCCUAAACCUACCUCCUCGAAUCCAAGCCAUCUGCUGGGCACAGUUCUGGGCUUGGAUCGGCUGGUUCCCUUUUCUUUUCUAUAGUACCACAUGGGUUGGUGAAACAUACUUUCGUUACGACGUGCCCGCCGAUGCGAGAAAAUCCAAGGAUACACUCGGUGCCAUUGGGCGCAUAGGAAGCACUGCGCUUGUUAUGUACUCCGUAAUCACAUUUGCAGGUGCCUGGAUUUUGCCCAUGUUUGUCCAGUCUCCUGAGGAUAACUCCUUUACCCAUCGGCCUCCUCAGGCGAUCGCAGGCUUCUUGACACGGUUCAACAAGGUGAAGCCUGAUCUAUUGACAGCUUGGAUGCUUGGGCACAUAAUGUUUGCUGCAUCCAUGUCCUUGGCGCCAUUUGCAACCAGCUUUCGAUUUGCGACUGUUCUGGUGUGUCUAUGCGGCAUACCUUGGACUCUCGCUAUGUGGGCUCCGAGUGCUUUCCUCGGCGUCGAGGUCAAUAAGCUCGGCGGUGGCGCCGGAUCAGAUGGCACAUAUCGUCGCAUUUCGGACGAGCCCGACAUUGAGCUCUCCGAGAUCAGUCACGAUGAUGCACCUUUGCAGCUUGAUCACGGUUCAGAGGUUGACUUGCCUUCUACAGCUUCUACAGGCGAGUUAUCGGGUAUCUACUUCGGCAUCCUCAACAUUUAUACGACGUUGCCACAGUUUGUUGGUACGUUCAUAUCUACCAUCGUGUUCGCUGUCCUCGAGCCUGGAAAGAGUCCCGAGCUCGCGGGUGAUGAAAAGAAGCAACCAGAUCCAGAUGGUCCGAACGCCAUUGCGGUUUGCCUAUUCAUCGGAGCCAUGAGCAGUUUGGUUGCAGCAUAUGUGACCCGGAAGCUAAAAGUCAUGUAAGAUGGACAAUUCUACGGAGUUAUCGUGUA